AAUUCCAGGGAAGACCAAGCCGCGGUCUUGGAAGAAAUGAGGAAAAAUUGCGAGGAACUGAUGAAAGCAGAAGAACAAGAACUGAAGAACAGAUAUAGCCCGAGAAAUCUUGGAGACGAAGCCAUAGCCAAUGACACUGACAUCCAUACGAAAACCCUGGAUUCGGCCGAGAACGAAAACGGGAUUGUUGGAAUGAGAGAAAACGGUCUAGGGGAGACUAAGGAAAAUGAAUCGAUGGGUGUUUUCUGUGCCUACGACGUUUGAUGACGUAUACUGCUGGCCAAGAACUCCAGCAGACACUGUGGUCACAAUUCCUUGCCCUCAGUAUGUCCAAGGUUUCAAACACAUGAGUGAAGCCUCGAGAUACUGCACUCGCGAGGGGUCGUGGUUCAAGCUGGGAGGAAGCAACAAGUCGUGGACGAACUACAGCCAGUGUUCCCCUACCAUGGUCGUCGCGGACCCUGUGAACGUCCUGUACACGGUAAGGGCUCUGUCACACUGCACACAGCACGCUUAUUACGGCAAGGGAAUGCACCUGGAUGGCUCAGGGGCGGCGCCUGAUGUCCCUUGUGUGUGUUUAAUCCUCUUUGGGAACCUGCUGUGA